CGUUGUGUUGUUUUUGCAUGGAACAGUUCACUUCUAUUUGAUUAAUUUGUUUUUUCGUAUUUUAUGAGCAUGUCGCAGAAAUAGUGAUUUUACAUGCAAGUGUCAAUGGAGUAUGGAAAAUAACCUGGUUGGCCAGGGUGGUAGACCAUAUUUGUACCAGUCAUCGUCCGGCAGACGUUAUGGGCGUCAAUAUGCAUACAUGACAUAUAGACCGAUUUCAACUUUUUGUGAAACCGCUGACAAUAAAGAAAUUAAUGUCCAGUGCAAGAAGUCUGAAGACAAAGUGAAAUUAGUUGCGAGAAAAGUUGAAUUGGCAAACUUGUUUACCAGUUUUGACAAAUCCAAUCUAAAAAUGGGAAAAAGAGACAUGAAGAGGAGCAGUAGUAAAGUGGAUGGUUCUCAAAGUGGUAGUGGUGUCAGUGUUGGAAUAAAACCAGGACACUCGCAUGCAGGGGUACAAAGUGAUACAAAAGUUAAACCUGUUAAAGUUAAAAAGGAACUAAAAGAAGGUGCUAGAACUAAAAAAGGUGUAAGCAAUUCUACCAAGGAGGUGAAAAUCUCUGUAGGUAAGGGCAAACUACGGAAAUUGAAAUCUAAAGAUGAUAGUGAUGGAACUAGGAAACAAACAUUGCAUGAUCGGAACUGGCAGUCAGAGGGUGGGAAGCCAAAGGCAGUUAAAAAUAACUCCCCGGAUUCACAAAAGAAGCAACUUAGACGCAAGAGAGCAGUGUCAUCAGGUGACAAACAGGAACAAUCUAAACAUGUCAAACAUGGUGCAAAGGCUACUGCCAGUGGUAGUGGUAGUUCAAGUGUUCACGCAAAACCAAAUUCCAAAAAUCCUAAAGAUAGCCCACGUAGUACCUCAGAUAGUUCAACUCACUGUGCACCAAAAAGAAAAAGUAAAACUCAAAAGAAAUCUAAUGAUGACAUUGGUGCUACUUCGACUAAUGGACACAAAGAUGCUUUGAGAAAAAAGACAAAGAAAUCCAAGAAACAAUCAAACAGUACUGACGUUGCCUUGGCAUCACGCAGAAGAAAUACUGCAGCAAAUAUGGUAGCCUCAUUACCGCCAUUGUGUGAUAGCUCAGAUUCUGAUUCUGAGAUAGAACAAGGUGACGCCUCUAACUUGUUAGGCUCUGACAUGGUAGCAUCUUUUUUGGGAGCUUUUGCUCAUGCAACUAGUUAUUCUGAUGAAGAUAGUUGUAGUGAAAGUAGUAUUGACAGUUUGGAAGAUAUGCUCCCAGAUUUAAUCAAUAUUUCCUCUUCUAGCGAUACUAGUUCUGAUACUAACUCGUGUGAUUCUAUGCCCUCCCUGACUUCCGACUCUGACUCUGAUUUUUCAGAGCUCUCUUCACGUGGUAGUCGUCGUAACGGCCAUCUCUUGGCUGCAGGGGCAGCUUCACAUAGACUGCCGCCGUUAGUUUCUGACAGUAACUCUGAUGAAUUUGAGUACACUGAAGGUGAACUGAGUGAUAUGGAGGACGAAGAAGUUUUAUAUAGAGCUGCUGAUUCCUGGAAUGGUGCUGAUGAUUUCUUUCCAUUCGUUCACCUACAACCGCCUACCAACCCAUUUCGUUUGAUUGUACAGAGUAGUUAUACUCAAAACUUUAUGCAGAUGUUAUUUGAAGAUGCUAUAUUACAGAUGUUGGCUUUACAUCCUGAGUUACAAGGAGAACAAGCUCCUCCACCUGCUACCCAAGAUAUUAUAGAUACAUUACCAAAAGUAAAAGUAGUGAAAAAACAAAUUGAUGAUGAAAUAAGCUGUGCAAUUUGUCAGUGUGAAUAUAAAAUAGAUGACACUGUGAACAAGCUACCCUGUGAUCACUUAUUCCAUCCUAUUUGUAUUAAUGCAUGGUUACAGAAGUCUGGUACGUGUCCUGUAUGUCGUCAUGUUCUGAAGUCUUAGAGAAGUACUACCUUAUCUGGUCCAUUAGAUAAAUUGAAAAUCCUGUCAUUAAUAAUAACACAGGUGUUAUCAGUAAUCAGUGAUCAAGUACAAUUUUUUCUUUACACACCAUUUACUGAUUGGUUGACCUACUGAAUUUAUGUUUAUGUUUGUGUUUUGUACAAAGGUUACUUUUGAUGUACAUUAGUAGCCUACAACCCCUGGACAUUGAGAUAUUAUACAAAAAAAUUGUAUAACCACAUGUGAAGCAGCAUUUGCAUUUACUGGAUCAUUAAAAUAUGACUUGUUUUGAUCUAAGACCAUUCCUCUGGCCGGCAUUUACUAAUAAAGAAAUUAGAGUACCGGGUAAUACAAAAUAGGUAAUUGGUUGUGCUAUUUAGGUGGGUUUUUAUUUAAAGUGCGGUGGUCAUCGUGCCGCGUCCUCUUCGAUAUGGGACUCAUAGCGACGUAUACAAUGCGUGUAAAAUACAUUGUUUAUUUACAUGAAAUUCGAACACGCGCUGCACGACGACCACCACGCUUUAACAUGUAAAUGUGUUUUGAACUGAUUUGUGUCUUUUAAAAAUUCACUAAAGGGGGAUGGGGUUGCUAAUCAUAAUCUCAACAACUAUAUACAAUGUUUGGCACAUGGAUAUUUAGAUGAUAGCACACAACUAAUUCCUGUAUGGAAGGAGUCAACAAUAAUGGCAUCAGCCUCUAUUUGGCACAACUUUGGCUACUCUGAAAACUAGUUCUUGUCAAAAACAAGGUGUGCAUCCAUUGGUACCAUGUAGACAACAGUGAACAGAUCUUCAAAUUCUCAUUUAUAACGUCAGGCAUUUGUAAUUUAGUUUUCAUUUGUUUUGCAAUAUAAUUACUAGUAGCGAACACAGCGAACAAUUAUACAAUAGUUACAUUAUGCAAAGUCUGUUUUAAUCGAUGUGUGCGGUUCACGGUUCAAAUCUUCAACUAACUGAUGUUUUGUAAUAUUCUCAGAUAUUUUCAAAGUGCACAUUGAUAAUUACUAUGCUGCUAUAAUUACUAUUUAAUUUUACAAAUGUGAAUAUUUUGUGAUGUUUUUUUUUUUUAUUUAAAUCUUUUAUUGUUAUUUACCUGGUAAUAUUUUCAUAGCUUUAUGCCGUGUGUUUGUGUUAUGAUUAACAUAGCGUGUAGUAUUUGACGUCAUUAUUGUGCCACCAAUAUAGAUUUACUCAAUUUUCUCAAGAAAUGCAAAUUUUUUUUCCUCAGGGGUGAACAUAUCUAGCAAGCUGUAGAUUUAUAAUUAUUUGACUAUCGUGCUUGAUCACAAACCAGUUUUGUUCAGAUUUUAAACCAACACGGCUGCCUAGUGGCCAUGUAUAUAAAAUCAAAUUCAGGGGAAUAUUGAUUCAAAAUUUUAUAUACACUACAUGAUAAAAUACAUUUUUUUUUGUAUACAUACAAGUUAUUCAUGAAAAUUCACAAUUGUGUUUGUCAUAUAAAUUAGUGUUACCCUAUUCGGUGUUAUCCAAAUUGUAACAUGCCUGGCAACCGCCUCGGUCAUUCACAACACAGGGACUGUAGUCGGACUCUAGUGCAUAUGUGAGAGCUUUUGUGAUAUAUUGUUUAAUUUUCAAUAAUUAUAGUGAUAAAUACACUAAAUUAUAACCCAGUCAACAAGUUAUUCAUGAAAUGUAUUGCUUACCUCACUUUACAUGUUUAAAACCAAGUCUGAUAAAAUUAAACUCGUUGAAUAUUUUUUUGACAAACUAUUCAGUCUAGUGACAUUUCGUUACAGCAUAGAAUCUUUCAUUUGUACUGUACUGCAAUACCAUUGUGUUUUGUGCUGGUAAACAUUUUUUUUGUUACUGUACUCAAAGUACAAGUGUAGUGACUUGUUCACUUUGUAUUCUUUCUGACUCUGAGGUCACAAUUACCAUAUGUAAAUUUGUUGAUGUAUCAAACUUGCUAGACAUGUUUUCACUAGUCUUAAACACUACACCACGCUACCUGUAAAACUGAAUUGUUUAAUCUGCAGAUACUGACUACCAAAAUAAGGACAUUUUCUUUGUGUGUAUAAUGACUAUUUCUGAGACAGUGCUCUUGAUAACAAAAAAUGUAUCACAUAUAUGCAAAUAUUUGAGUUGUGAACUCUUGCACAAUUGUAUUUAGAGUUCUUUAUUGUGUUUCAUAUUAAAAAUGUCAUUGCAUUA